CCUCGUUCUAGUGCCCAGGAUAUACACCGAUGUGACCUUUGUGAGACCGCCAUAGUACACAGCUACUGUGACUUUUGUCAUGUCAACCUCUGCAAGCCCUGUAUACUAGAUCACAUCUUAGAUGGAUAUGACAAACAUACAAUUGGGCCUUUCCAUGAACGAAGAUCAACCUUCUUUUAUGCGAAAUGUAGAACACAUUCAAACACACAUUGUGCAUUACAUUGUAAAGAUUGCAGGUCUUUUGUUUGUUCUUCUUGCAUGGCAUCUGAACAACACAUUGGGCAUAGGUUUGUAGAAGUUAAACAUGAAUAUGAGACAAAGAAAGAAAUCAUCAAAAAGGAUAAAGUAGAACUAGGAAACUCUAUUUCUCCUAAAUAUGAAGAAAUUGCACUCGAAGUGGAAAAUCAGCUUGCCAACCUGGAAGAAGGAUACGAAAAACGUAGAACAGAAAUAUCAAAACAAGGAGAAGAAUGGCUCAGAGAAAUCAACAUCGUUAUUAACAAGAUGAAAACUGAAAUCAAUGAAAUAAAAUUGAAACACGGAAGCAUUUUGCAGAAACACUUGAGUGAAAUCAAACAUAUGCAAUCUCUUAUUCAGGAAACUUUAAUAGUUUUAGGGGAACUCGAGAAGUCUACUGAAAUGAUUACAGCUAUAGAAUACAUAUCUAAAAUAAAAACAUUCAGCAAGUUUCCACCCAGGGUAAAUGUAUUGCUGCCAACAUUCAUUCCUAAACCAAUUGACCAUGAGCAUUUAUAUAAUUUCUUUGGACAGAUCAUACCAUUAUGUAAUGCCAUGCAAGAACAUGUACUGUCAAUAAACCAACCAAAGACUUCAGUCAGAGAGCUGCUGGAGAAAGCUGAACCUGUUGCCACAAUACAGACUGGGUAUUAUAAACUAUACAGUGUAAUCUGUUUAAAUGAAGAAAUAUUCUGGACCUGUGGUGGAGUGAGUAGCGAUAUCAAAUGCUUUGAUGUAAAAGGUAAUCUCCUCCGUACGAUUAAAACAAAAUCAGAGGUGAACCCAAAUGAUAUAGCUGUUGACGGUGAUGGGGAUCUACUGUACUCUGACUGGGGAACAAAGACAGUGAACAAAGUAAAGAAUGGACAGACAGAAGAGUUGAUAAGAUUACACGGAUGGAAACCUAGUAGACUGUGUGUCGCCUCUGCAGGUGAUCUUCUUGUUACCAUGUACAGUGAUGAUAAAACUCAAUCCAAAGUUGUCCGUUACUUUGGAUUGAAAGAAAAACAAACGAUUCAAUUUGAUGAUGAAGGUAAACCUCUGUACUCAGGUAAUGGCUCUAUGAAAUAUAUCACCGAAAAUAGAAACAAUGAUAUUUGCGUUGCUGAUAAUGCGGCUGGUGCAGUAGUGGUGGUUAAUGAGGCUGGAAAACUAAGAUGGAGAUACACCGGUCAGCGCUCACCUACGAAGAACAAACAUUUCAAACCCCAGGGAAUCACUACAGACAGUCAGAGUCGUAUCCUUACAGCAGACGAUGACAACCAUUGUAUCCACAUUCUAGAUCAAGAUGGACAGUAUCUCUGUUACAUUGAUAAGUGUGAUUUAAGCAAUCCUUUAGGCUUAUGUGUGGACAAUAAUGAUAACCUUUUUGUUUGUGAUUACGCGAACAGCAAUGUCAGAAAAAUCAAGUAUUCCAAAGACAUUUAACAUUUGUGUUAUAAUAGUCUAAAUGUGACACCCCCCCCCCCCCUUGAUUAUUAACAUGAUAUUCAAACAUGUACGUGUACGUGUAAUUCAUUGACAUUUUGUAUGAUAUUAUUGGUUGAUUAAACUUUAGACUGCU